GUCUAACAUCUUCUCAUUAUUAUAACUUCUCUCCGACAAAACGAAUUCAAAAAUGCAUCCCAUUAUUGAAUCAUGCCUUCCUCUUUAAAAAACAAGGCCAAUUUGCUUUGUUUUCUACCAUAUGGUCCGGCCUAACUGGCAGAAUCUUUGCUGGUUUAUAAGCUUCGAUGCGAGCACCCUCUAGGCUUUAUUGCAUCAGCAUUUCAGUCUCGGAUUGGGGUCGGAGAAAGGGAAAGAAAUUUUCCUGCACUUUCUUGGGAAGAUUGAACUGGAAAAUGGGAAGGCAACCUUGUUGUGAUAAGGUGGGAUUGAAGCGUGGUCCAUGGACUAUAGAGGAAGACCACAAGCUCGUGAACUUCAUCCUCAAUAAUGGCAUUCAUUGUUGGAGGACAGUGCCUAAACUUGCAGGCCUGCUGAGGUGUGGAAAGAGUUGCAGAUUAAGGUGGAUCAAUUACCUGAGGCCAGAUCUCAAGAGAGGCGCUUUCACUGAGAUGGAAGAGAACCAAAUAAUUCAGCUUCAUUCGCGUCUCGGCAACAGGUGGUCUAAGAUCGCUUCCCAUUUCCCUGGUCGCACAGACAACGAGAUCAAGAACCAUUGGAACACGAGGAUCAAGAAGAAGCUGAAGCAACUUGGACUAGACCCCAUCAAUCACCAGCCAAUUACAGAGGAAGAUCACAGCAAAAAUGGUGAUGAAGAGGGCCAAACCAAUUCAUCUAAAGAAGAAGAGGGAGUGCUCUCAAAAGUAAAGUCCAUGGACACCCAAGAACAGCAAGAGCAACCCCACUUGAAAUUGGAUGAAGCAACUGACUUUCUGUUGAACAACUAUGAAUUGCUGCUGUGUGGCAGUCUUGAUGAAGGAGUUCAGGGGCUAAAUCAAGAAUCGAACAGGUCAAUCUCACAGAGCUCCAAUUCAAUUUGCAGGGAGGAUUCUUCACAGAACCAGUCUAAUUCCAAUGGAGAGUCUAAUUGCUCAUCAUCAUCACUCCAAGAACACCACAAUGGUGGUGGUGUCCAACAAUGGGUUGAUAGUGUGGACUCUAUGCUUUCCUGGGAUGGCUUUGAUUUCUUAGAACAAGAGCUCUUCUACUUUGAAGACAGAUUUUGAAAUUUAAUUUGCAAGUUUUUUUUUUGUCGUUUCCCUCCUUUUCUUUGUUUCAUGAUAAGCGUUCUUAGUUAGCCAAGCAAUAAAGUAUGGGUUCCUUUUCUCUUUCUUUUAUCGAAGAAAGAUUAUGGUGAUCAAGAUCGUGAUGUACCAUUCAUGAAUGUAAAAAACUUGUUUGCUCCGAUUUUCAUCUUAAUCAAUAAUAGAUG